UCUCGAUAAAUUCACUGUCUUCAAAUAUGAUCGAACUUCUUUGAAUCCGACCUUGGUAUUGAAAGUAAAUGCUGCUAUUGUUAGUUGUUAUUUACCAUCAAGCAAUUGUUGAAUGCAUACGUCACGUCAUUGAUUUUGUAUGGGAGGUGAACAAAACUCUUCGCUUUCACAGAAAAUCAAAGAAAAUAUGUUAUGGUACCAUUCGAAUUCACCAGAUGCUGUUCAACAUCAAGUAUAGAAAGCAGCAAGUUUAAUCCAAGUUUUGCUUCGACUUUUAAAUGCUUUGUUAGAGCUGGUAUAGGCACUGUUGAGGUGUCUUUUUUGUAAUUGCUGCUCUUUCCUGUAAUAUUAACAGGGCCUGUAUUCAGGACCGGAACUUUAAAAAUUAUAUGGAUCACUUACAAGUUCCUGAACAUCUCAGAGCUAAUAGCAGCUCAGAUGUUUUUCUGCGAAUCAAGCCAAAAUUGGAUGAAUUGGGUUCAUUGCACGCACGUCACUUGCUGCGCCCAUCAUUAGACGAUCGCUGCGAAGAAGAGGAACUCAUUGAAAAUCUUAGUCAAACGAUAUCAAAACUGAUUUCCUCAACACAUCGUCACAUUCAGUUCAUUCGUUCCAGUUUAGGACAGGGCAACAAACUGGAGCAGAGAUUAACAAAGAACGUAGUAACCCAUUUAUUGUUGUCACUACAAGAUGUGACUUAUCGUUUUCGAACGAGUCAAUCGAAUUACUUGAAGCAGUUAAAUUCGCGUGAGGCACGUUCAAAUGCUUUCUUCGAGACUCCCGAUUUCACGACAAUUGAUCUGAAUGAUGGUUCAGCAAUAGCCAGUUCUUCUUCUAAUGCACAUGCCGUGGAUACAUUUGAUAAUUUCCUAAAACCAACUACCUCCAAACCAACUGCGAAUUCAGACUAUUUUGAACAGAGUGACGAACAAAUUGACGAAUACUUCCAGAAAAGUAUAUCGCAACAAGGUCGAAUGACGCAAACGCAAUUGCUAUUAUUUGAAGAGGAAAAUACAAAAAUGGCCGAACAUCGUGAAAAAGAAGUCAUUAAGAUUGUAUCAUCCAUUGCCGAUUUACAUGACAUCUUCAAAGACCUAGCACAAAUGGUUCAAGAGCAGGGCACCGUUUUGGAUCGGAUCGAUUACAAUGUGGAGCAAACGCAGACUAAAGUCACUGAAGGAUAUAGACAAUUGCAGAGAGCGGAAAUGUAUCAACGAAAGAAUCGAAAAAUGUAUUGCAUCCUAAUUUUGGCAUCAACCACUCUAUUUAUGAUGAUUCUUUUGAUACUUACUAAAUUCCACUAAAUUUGAACAUUUUUAACUAUUUCGUUUGAACGAAUAGAAAAAUAUUUAUUGAAUUUUUUUGUCUGUGAGUUUCAUCUCUAGAUGUAUGGUAUAUGUUCUAAGUAUUGUAUUUUAUUUGAUUCCAUUAAAAAGUAUAAUAAUGCAAGUGA